AUGGGAAGAGGGAGAGUGGAGUUGAAGAGGAUAGAGAACAAGAUCAAUAGGCAAGUGACGUUUGCAAAGAGAAGGAAUGGGCUUUUGAAGAAAGCAUAUGAGCUUUCCGUGCUUUGUGAUGCUGAGGUUGCUCUCAUCAUCUUCUCUAAUAGAGGAAAGCUCUAUGAGUUUUGUAGUAGUUCCAGCAUGCUUAGGACACUGGAGAGGUACCAAAAGUGUAACUAUGGAGCACCAGAACCUAAUGUGCCUUCAAGAGAGGCCUUAGCAGUUGAACUUAGUAGCCAGCAGGAGUAUCUCAAGCUUAAGGAGCGUUACGACGCCUUACAGAGAACCCAAAGAAAUCUACUUGGAGAAGAUCUUGGACCUCUUAGUACAAAAGAGCUUGAGUCACUUGAGAGACAGCUUGAUUCUUCCUUGAAGCAGAUCAGAGGUCUCCGUACACAGUUCAUGCUCGACCAGCUCAACGAUCUUCAGAGUAAGGAGCGCAUGCUAACUGAGACAAAUAAAACUCUAAGGCUAAGGUUAGCUGAUGGGUAUCAGAUGCCACUCGGACUGAACCCGAACCAAGAAGAUGUUGAUCACUACGCUCGUCAUCAACAUCAACAACACUCCCAAGCUUUCUUCCAGCCUUUGGAAUGUGAACCAAUUCUUCAGAUCGGAUAUCAGACGCAGCAAGACGGAAUGGGAGCAGGACCAAGUGUGAAUAAUUACAUGUUGGCCGCCGGUUCCGAUUGGUCUAACGCCGGAGCUACGUGGUAUGGCAGUCCUACCGGCUACGGAAGCGACGGUGGUGCUUGUGGAUAUGGAAAGGACGUGGCACAAGCUCCGUUCUCGUCCAUGGUAUCAGCCGGAGGGCCUUCGUUGUUUAAGUCGGGGAAAGGGUGUGGCGCAUGUUAUCAGGUAAAAUGUACGUCGAAAUCGAUUUGUUCGGGAAACCCCAUCACGGCUGUGAUCACAGACGAGUGUCCUGGAUGCGUUACAGAGUCGGUCCAUUUCGAUUUGAGCGGGACAGUGUUUGGUGCAAUGGCAAUUUCGGGUCAAGAUAGUCAGCUCCGUAAUGUCGGAGUUUUGCAGAUUCUUUAUAGAAAAGUUGAGUGCAACUACAUUGGUCAAACGGUGACGUUUAAAGUGGAUGAAGGUUCAAACACUAACUACUUCGCGGCUUUGGUUGAGUAUGUAAACGGAGACGGAGAAAUCGGCCGUGUCGAACUCAAACAAGCGUUAGAUUCUGACAAGUGGCUUACCAUGAGCCACUCAUGGGGUGCCGUGUGGAAGCUCGACGUGACGUCACCUUUGCGGGCCCCACUGUCUCUCCGGGUGACUUUGGUCUCCGGCGAGACGGUUGUGGCUUCCAAUGUCAUUCCGGCCGGUUGGAAGCCCGGUGCCAAGUACAAAUCGAACGUUAACUUUCAAGUCUAA